GCGUGACACAGCGGCAGCAGCACCAGCUGUGACCCGAACCGGAUUUGAUUCCACUCGCGGUCGCCGACGGCCCCAGCCGCCUUCCACCGAGCCCCGCCGCCGCCGCCAACGCCGCCGCCAUGGCGCUCAGCGAUGCCGACGUCCAGAAGCAGAUCAAGCAUAUGAUGGCUUUCAUUGAGCAGGAAGCCAAUGAAAAGGCUGAAGAAAUAGAUGCAAAGGCAGAAGAAGAAUUCAACAUUGAGAAGGGUCGCCUUGUUCAGACACAGAGGCUGAAAAUCAUGGAGUAUUAUGAAAAGAAGGAGAAACAAAUUGAACAGCAAAAGAAAAUUCAGAUGUCCAACCUGAUGAAUCAAGCAAGACUGAAGGUCCUCAAGGCAAGGGAUGACCUUAUUGCAGAUUUGCUGAAUGAGGCCAAGCAGAGACUUGCCAAGGUGGUGAAGGAUACUGCCAGGUACCAGACACUGCUGGAUGGACUAGUUCUACAGGGAUUCUACCAGCUGCUUGAGCCCAAAAUAGUUGUUCGCUGCAGGAAACAGGAUCUCCCUAUGGUUAAGACUGCUGUACAGAAAAGCAUUCCCAUCUACAAAAAUGCCACAAAAAGCAAUGUGGAUGUUCACAUUGACCAAGACAACUUCCUGCCAGAGGAAAUUGCUGGAGGUGUUGAAAUCUAUAAUAGUGAUGGUAAAAUUAAGGUUUCCAAUACCCUGGAAAGUCGUCUGGACCUUGUAGCCCAGCAGAUGAUGCCAGAAGUCAGAGUGGCUCUCUUUGGUGCUAAUGCCAACAGGAAGUUUUUGGACUAAACCUCUAUGAGAGAAGGUGGGAUCUGUUCCACUGCCAUACUGAAGGGGAUGCAAAAGCAUCUGCUAGUUUAAAAUCUUGAAAUAUAACAUUACCGUGUCAUCCAGUAUCUGUUCUUCAAUGGAAUAAUUUUGCAUACCUGCUGUGCUUAGCCUCUCUACUUGUGGUUAGAAUGUAUUGCUUAAAGGAUGUGAAGACAUACAUAUUCAUCCAAAAGUGACACUAGAAAAUGGAGGCAUUUGGGCUCUUGGCUUUCCUUGCACUGUUGUGGCUCUAUAAAGACAAGUGGUCCAUUUAGGGUCACUCUCUUUGCUUUGGCCACAUGUCUUUCAAGUUGUCUAAUCUGUGAAGUAAAUUACUAUGCUGCCGAUGGGAAAUCCCUUUUCAGUUAAGGUCUUCAGUGUUACAGAGGGCAUGCAUUCCUUCCCAGGGUUAGUAGUUUAAUUCAUGUUACUUGGUCAGGCAUUUCUCUGUUCUGUAUAUGUGAUUUAAAAAAAAAAAAGCCUGAGCCUGUAAAACUUUAUUUAUUAAAAUAAAAAUGCGUGUGUGUAUGGA